AUGGCCCCGGAAGUCAAAGCCUCCACCGGCACACGCACAUGGGGUAGGAAAAAGGGGACAAGCCCUCCUUGUGCUAUGAUUGGCAAAGGAUGUCAGCAGAAGGAUAGUACAAAGAGCAAGGCAACGGCCACCUCACUGGUCUACACUCUGGAAGGGAAACAGGUGUACAUGUGCACAUUGUGCAAGUGCUCAUGGAAACACGCCUACCACAAUCAUCCUCAUGAGGAUCUACGAGACGCCAUUGACUACUUCGAUACCAAGAUGGAAGACCGCCACUGGACAGACCGCAACCUAUCUCUUGAUGGCAAAGGUUCCUGUGAGAGCUGCGGCGACGAAGGUGCAUUCCUCAACGACAGCAGCCACGUGACCUGUUCGAGGUGUUCUCAGAGAUGGAGAGGUUGGAGUGGGGACUGUGACUGGGCCAGAUCUAUCACCAAGGACAUGAGCACCGAGGAAUGCGAGGAUCUCUGGACAGAAUUCGUGUCGGAGACUAUCGAACGGAUAGCAAAGGUGGAAUCAAACAAGGCCAGAAGAGACAAAGGAUCGUGUGUUGCAUGUCCAGCAACAGCAGAGACCACCCUGAUGCGGUCGUUACCAGAAGACUUCUUUCCGGAUGAGGUCGACGAUAAAGACGUCAUAUGCAACCAGUGCCUGACGCAGUUCUCGGGCAACAGAACCAGGAAGAUCUACACCUGGGAAGUUCUUCAAGACUUUAUAGACACUCACAUGGCUACCCACGAGGCGUCAAAGAAGGAUGCCACAGCAAGAGCCACCAAGAACCUCUGCGUGUGCUCUACAGCAGAGGAUGAGGUGACUGGUACUGCCUUGGUCGGGAUUUUCGAAUGCUCAGAGCAGUAUCCGUUGUUGUGCAAGAUCUGCGCCAAUAUCUGGCGAAGACAUCAUUGUAAGAAAAGCAAGACCGAUGCGGCACACGACUUUUCGACUCUUGAUAAGUUCAUCUCCUAUUGCCAGAAGCUGAGAAUGGACAAGAAAAAAGCCGCCGGAUGCUGCAUAGGACCUCGACGCGUUCUUUUCAGCUCGGAGUACUUGCUCUUCAGAGCCUCUCUAUUGGACAAGGUAAUUGACUAUACACAACUAAUGGCUACGAAUUACGAGGACGCUAGCAAAUUCGCUGUGAUUAGCUCAGGGGUGAUGGCCUGUCUAUUGGAAGAUCGACGUGCCUUACUUUCGAUGCUUGGACGCCGUCACAUAUAG